CUCGCAGCUUUUGCAACCACUAAGCUUGUCUGGUCUUGGUGGUGAUACUGAUAACGUUACGUCGUCGAUAUCAAGUUAUCAACGACUGACGACCGGAGGUAAGCCAUGGAGCUCCAAGAACCUGUCUGGAAGUCAAAACCCAGACUGUCUCCAACUCUUGGAGAGCUCUUGAAGCGAGUUGGAGACGCACGGGAUGACACUCCCGGCUGCCAAACUACAUCGUCGCAUCAGCGGGUUAUCGAUCUAAACGAUGCAAUUCCGCACCCAAGGUCUUUUCCCUUCGUUCUUUCUUUUCACAAUCUUUCUUACAGCGUCAAAGUUCGCCGCAAAAUGAAGUUUCCGGGGUUGUUUUGCCGGAAGGAAGGGCCUGGCUUGUCCGAGGAUGAGGUGGAGACUAAAGACAGCGGCAUGAAGGUUUUGUUGAAUGACAUUUCGGGUGAGGCGAGAGAAGGCGAAAUAAUGGGGGUUCUUGGCGCAAGUGGGUCUGGUAAGUCGACGUUGAUCGAUGCGCUUGCGGAUCGGAUUGCGAAGGAUAGUUUGAAGGGGUCUGUGACUCUGAAUGACGAAGUUUUGGAGUCAAAGCUUCUGAAAGUGAUAUCUGCUUAUGUUAUGCAAGACGAUCUUCUGUUUCCUAUGCUCACUGUGGAAGAAACCCUCAUGUUCUCCGCUGAGUUUAGGCUUCCUCGCUCUCUCUCCAGCUCUAAGAAGAAAGCAAGAGUUCAAGCAUUGAUCGAUCAGCUCGGCCUGCGAAGUGCAGCAAAGACUGUGAUCGGCGACGAGGGCCACAGGGGAGUGUCCGGAGGUGAGCGCCGGCGAGUUUCCAUUGGGAUUGAUAUAAUUCAUGACCCAAUUGUCUUAUUUCUUGAUGAGCCAACGUCGGGUCUUGACUCCACCAGUGCAUUCAUGGUGGUGAAGGUGCUGCAACGAAUUGCCCAGAGCGGAAGCAUCGUCAUCAUGUCCAUACACCAACCCAGUUAUAGAAUCCUUGGCCUUCUCGAUCGUUUGAUCUUCCUGUCGCGUGGAAAUACCGUUUACAGUGGAUCUCCCUCGAGUCUCCCGCUUUUCUUCGCUGAGUUUGGACACCCCAUUCCGGAGACCGAGAACCGAACGGAGUUCGCCCUAGAUUUGAUCCGCGAGCUUGAAGGAUCUCCCGGUGGAACCAAGACCUUAGUCGAAUUCAAUAAGUCAUGGCAAAGAAUGACAAAUCCUCGAACCGACGUCGAAGAGGGAGCCAAAUCAUCUCUCAAAGAUGCCAUAAGCGCAAGCAUUUCAAGGGGAAAACUAGUCUCGGGAGCCUCUAACGAUGCAAACCCCACAUCUCUAGUUCCCACUUUCGCCAAUCCAAUCUGGAUCGAGAUGGUGGUGUUGGGCAAAAGAUCUCUCAAGAACUCGAAAAGAAUGCCGGAACUUUUCGGAAUCCGUCUAGGCGCGGUUCUCGUGACUGGAAUCAUUCUGGCCACCAUUUUCUUGCAACUGGACAGCUCGCCCAAAGGGGUCCAAGAAAGAUUAGGGUUCUUUGCUUUUGCAAUGUCCACAACCUUCUACACAUGCGCUGAAGCCAUCCCAGUCUUCCUCCAAGAACGCUAUAUCUUCAUGAGAGAAACCGCCUAUAACGCUUAUCGCCGCUCGUCCUACGUUCUAGCCCACUCUAUCAUUUCCAUCCCUGCCCUAGUUUUCCUCUCAUUCGCAUUCGCCGCCACCACUUACUGGGCGGUGGGCCUGGCGGGCGGCGUCUCCGGCUUCCUCUUCUUCUUCUUCAUGAUCUUCGCCUCUUUCUGGGCGGGAAGUUCCUUCGUCACCUUCCUAUCCGGAGUGGUGUCUCACGUGAUGCUGGGCUACACGGUGGUGGUGGCCAUUCUAGCCUACUUUCUCCUGUUUAGCGGCUUCUUCAUCUCCAGAAACAGAAUCCCACCCUACUGGAUAUGGUUCCACUACAUUUCUCUGGUGAAGUACCCGUAUGAAGGGGUAUUGCAUAACGAAUUCGAAGACCCAAUGAAGUGCUUCGUGAGGGGGAUUCAGAUGUUCGACAACACGCCACUUGGGGCGGUGCCUGAGGCGUUGAAGGUGAGGCUGCUGAAAAGCAUGAGCGAUACACUGGGAAUGAGCAUCACCAGUUCUACAUGCGUGACUACUGGGUCGGAUGUAUUGAAACAGCAAGGAGUAACCGAUAUAAGCAAGUGGAACUGCCUAUGGAUCACACUUGCUUUGGGGUUUUUCUUCAGGUUUAUGUUUUACCUCACUUUGUUGCUUGGGAGCAAGAACAAGAGGACGUAGAUUCAAUAAUAUUUUUAUUUUUCUUUUCUUUUCUCUCUUUGGGGUCCAACUUCACCUUAACGAAGCCCUAAUAUAUUGUCUAAUUAGUAAUUAUCAGGAACAAAUACAGUUGAAUGUCUUUCUUUUUCCAUUUUUUCUUCCUUCAAAUUCUAAAGCUUAAAGAAAGUUCAGUCUC